CUUUCUAUAAAUUCAAGUCCUCGUUCCCUCCUCGUUUCCCAUCCCACCAAAGCUUCUUCCUUUAUUCACUCUCAAAGGAAAUAAGAAAAUUUUCCCCAAGUGCAAGAGGAAAAAAAACAUGGGUUUUGUCGGGUUAUUGGUCUUGGGUCUGGUCGGAGUAAUAUCCUCCGGCGUCAAUGGCUACGGCGGCGGCGGUUGGACCAACGCUCACGCCACCUUCUACGGCGGCGGCGAUGCUUCCGGCACAAUGGGAGGGGCUUGUGGGUACGGGAAUCUAUACAGCCAAGGCUAUGGGACGAACACGGCGGCAUUGAGCACAGCUCUGUUCAACAAUGGCCUGAGCUGUGGGGCUUGUUUCGAGAUAAGGUGCGUCAGCGAUCCGAAGUGGUGUCUCCCUGGCUCGAUCGUGGUCACAGCCACUAACUUCUGCCCUCCCAACAACGGUUUACCGAACAACGCCGGUGGAUGGUGCAAUCCUCCCCAGCAGCACUUCGACUUGUCUCAGCCUGUCUUUCAGCGCAUUGCUCAGUACAGAGCUGGAAUUGUCCCUGUUUCUUACCGAAGAAUUCCGUGCAGGAGGAGGGGAGGGAUAAGGUUCACGAUAAACGGGCACUCGUACUUCAACCUGGUGCUGAUCACAAACGUCGGCGGCGCCGGAGACGUUCACUCGGCGGCGAUAAAGGGAUCUCGGACAGGAUGGCAAGCCAUGUCGAGGAACUGGGGACAGAACUGGCAGAGCAACUCUUACCUCAACGGACAGGCCCUCUCCUUCAAGGUCACCACCAGUGACGGCCGUACAGUCGUCUCCUACAACGUCGCUCCCUCCGGCUGGUCCUUCGGCCAGACCUUCGCCGGUUCCCAGUUCCGCUGAGCGACGGAAGGGCAUUUUCGUAAUCUCACUAUCUCACCUAUCCCGUAGUAGAAUGGUUUGUAGUAAUUAGCAGCAGUAGCAGAGUAACGAGGAGAGGGGUAGAUUGGUAAUUUCCGCCCCUCGUGCAGACCGGGCCGCCGCCGACGAUGAGUCGCGUCAUCUUUUGGGCCUCUUUAUUUUACGGAAGGCCUCGAUGACGUCAUAUCUUUGGACCGUCCCUUUUUUAUUAUACAUUUUUUUUAUAUGAGGCGUGGGAUUUAAAAAAAAAAAGUAGAAAAGGAGCACAUGUAGGGUCGGUGGUAAUAUUACUGAUGCAGAGGUGGAUUUAUUACCACCCGCUAGUAGUAAAAGUAGUAUGAUUUUUAUUCACUGGAUUUUAAUUGUUAAAUUCCCCAUUUUACCCUUAGGGUGUGAAAGCAAGGGGGAGUUUUCAAGCGGUUUGAGUUUGGUAAUUGUCAAAAUUGUAUUUUGUAUCAUUGUGUGGUUGUAUGAGAGAUUAAAAAAAACCUCUCUUAUGUUGGCUUCUCCUAAUAAUGAAAUUUUAAAUUUUAUCA